CACGUGCACCUCGGAGCUGCUGCGCCCGCGACAGACCGAGGGCUCCGGGCGCCGCGUCUCCAGGCCCCGGGGACCGCCAGGGAGGGCGGGAGAGCGCGCCCGGCCCGCCGCCGCCCGCUCCCCUCCGCUCGCCUCCGCUCCAUGGCUCCGCGGCCGCCGCCCUCGCCGCCCUCCCGCCCGGAGCGGCCCCGGCACCGCGGGGACGAGUCCUCGGUCACGGACUAGACGGCACCGCCGCCUCCUCGCCGCCCGGUCCGCCCCCGCGGAAAGCGACGCGCGGGAGACGCAGCGAGAAAGGAAGGGCGAGCGGCCGCGCGCAGUCAGGGCCCGGCUCCGCCGCACAGCCCAGCCCGCGGAGGCUGCGCCCGGCCGGGCGGGAGGAGCGGGCGCCCCGGGCCGGCCCCGCGCACCUGGCACCUGGCACCUGCCCGCGGCCGGCGCCCCGGACCCACCUGGACCUUCCGGUCGCCGCCGCGGCAGCCGGAGCGGGACCGCGCGGCCUGGGCACGGCCGGGGCUAAUAUGCCCGGAGCCGAGGCGCGAUGAAGGAGAAGUCCAAGAAUGCGGCCAAGACCAGGAGGGAGAAGGAGAAUGGCGAGUUCUAUGAGCUGGCCAAGCUGCUCCCGCUGCCGUCGGCCAUCACCUCGCAGCUGGACAAGGCGUCCAUCAUCCGGCUCACCACCAGCUACCUGAAGAUGCGCGCCGUCUUCCCCGAAGGUCUAGGAGACGCGUGGGGACAGCCGAGCCGCGCGGGGCCCCUGGACAGCGUCGCCAAGGAGCUGGGGUCGCACUUGCUGCAGACCUUGGACGGCUUUGUUUUUGUGGUGGCAUCCGAUGGCAAAAUCAUGUACAUAUCGGAAACAGCCUCCGUCCAUCUGGGCCUGUCCCAGGUGGAGCUCACCGGCAACAGCAUCUAUGAGUACAUCCAUCCGUCCGACCACGACGAGAUGACGGCCGUGCUGGCGGCCCACCAGCCCCUUCACCAUCACCUGCUCCAAGAGUACGAGAUAGAGCGGUCCUUCUUCCUUCGCAUGAAGUGCGUCCUGGCAAAGAGGAACGCGGGCCUGACGUGCAGCGGAUACAAGGUCAUCCACUGCAGCGGCUACUUGAAGAUCAGGCAGUACAUGCUGGACAUGUCCCUGUACGAGUCCUGCUACCAGGUCGUGGGGCUGGUGGCCGUGGGCCAGUCGCUGCCGCCCAGCGCCGUCACUGAGGUCAAGCUGCACAGCAACAUGUUCAUGUUCCGGGCCAGCCUCGACCUGAAGCUCAUCUUCCUGGACUCCAGGGUGACCGAGCUGACGGGGUACGAGCCGCAGGACCUGAUCGAGAAGACCCUGUACCACCACGUGCACGGCUGCGACGCCUUCCACCUCCGCUACGCGCACCACCUCCUGCUGGUGAAGGGCCAGGUCACCACCAAGUACUACCGGCUGCUCUCCAAGCGGGGCGGCUGGGUGUGGGUGCAGAGCUACGCCACGGUCGUGCACAACAGCCGCUCGUCCCGGCCCCACUGCAUCGUGAGUGUCAAUUAUGUCCUCACGGACGUUGAGUACAAGGAGCUGCAGCUGUCCCUGGACCAGGUGUCCACGGCCAAGUCCCAGGACUCCUGGAGGACCGCCCUGUCUACCUCACAAGAAACUAGGAAGUUAGCCAAACCCAAAACCACGAAGAUGAAGACGAAGCUGAGAACAAACCCUUACCCCCCGCAGCAGUUCAGCCCGUUCCCGAUGGACAGACUGGAAUGCGGCCAGCUGGCAAACUGGAGGGCCAGCCCCCCCACGGACGCCACGGCCCCCCCGGAACAGCAGCUGCACCCCGAAGGCGGCGACCUCCUGUACACCCCGCCCUACAGCCUGCCCUUCUCCUACCGCUACGGACACUGCCCCCUGGACCCCCACGUCUUCAGCAGCAAAAAGCCCGUGCUGCCGGCCAAAUUCGGACCCCAGGGGUCCCCGUGCGAGGUGGCGCGCUUUUUCCUGAGCGCGCUGCCAGCCGGCGGCGAGUGCCAGUGGCACUAUGCCAACCCCCUGGUGCCUGGCAGCUCAUCUCCAGCUAAAAACCUCUCUGAGCCACCGGUGAACACUGCCCGGCACAGCCUGGUGCCAAACUACGAAGCGCCCGUCCCCGCGCGCAGGUUCGGCGAGGACACCGCGCCGCCGCCCAGCUUCCCGAGCUGCGGCCACUACCGCGAGGAGCCCGCGCCCGGCCCGGCCAAGGCUGCCCGCCCGGCCCCGCGGGAAGGGGCGCGCCUGGCGCUGGCCCGCGCGGCGCCCGAGUGCUGCGCGCCCGCCCCCGAGCCCCCCGCGCCCGCGCAGCUGCCCUUCGUGCUGCUCAACUACCACCGCGUGCUGGCCCGGCGCGGGCCGCUGGGGGGCGCUGCGCCCGCCCCGCCCGCCCUCGCCUGCGGCCCCCACGCCCCGGAGGCGGCGGCCUCGGCGCACCGGCCCCGGCCCCCCGGCCCCGCCGCCGCCGCCGCGCCGCCCGCCGCGCCCCUGCCGCACUACCUGGGCGCCUCGGUCAUCAUCACCCACGGCAGGUGACCCGGCCGGCUCCGGCCAGGCCGCUGUGGCCCCGGCGUCCUAGCGUCCAGCUGAGGUCAGAGGGGCGAGCUGUAUAUGCACGAUUUAAAUUAAUUUAUACAGAGACGACUAUUUUACUAGCACCCCGCCGCUGUUAGAUUUUUACCGUAGAUGCCGUGAAGGCCGGCGGAGAGGCCUGCCCCCCGCCCGAGGAGCGACUGCCCGACCGUGGUCCUCCAGGAGCCGGGUUUUCCUGAAGGGCAGAGCCCCACGAGUGACCUCAAACUACCCCGUGUUUGGGGCCGCCUGGUGUCCUUAUUUUGAAAUCAGGCUCGCGCGCCCUGCCUGCCCGGGAUGCGCACCGCCCGCUGUGGGACUGGAGGAGUUUUGGCUCCGCCAGUGCCCUCCACCUGAGGGAGGAGAGCACCCUGACGCGGUCAGAUAUGCGGGGUGGGGCUGGGGCGGGCUUCCUGCAUUCGGAGCCCUUUCAGAUGUUUAAGUCCAGGCAGAAGGUGAUUAUCCUAAGUCCCAUGAAUAGACAAUUCUCGUUAAGAGUCAUGCAUGAGUUUCAUGAAACGUUGUUUUAACUCUUUAAUACAAAAAGCCUACAAGCUGAGACCAAGGUGGCGAGCGUGCUUCUCAAGUACAUCCACAGGCUCUUCCUUCCUCUGAGCUCUGGGUAACACCAAGAGCAGCGCCUUCAGAAUAUUAAGCAUUAAAUGCUAAAAGGAUGCACACAGCCAGAGAGUUUAGGAGAUGGACACGUGGGUGACUUAGGCGCCCAAUGCGAUUGGCUACCCUUGUCAGGCAGGGUUACAAGGCAGAACCCUCUGGCCCUGCAAUCCCCAGGCCGUGCUUGCUGCCAGCGCUGGUGAGUUCAACUGCAUGUGCAACAUGGGACAUGGUCAGUGGACUGCGCCUCGCGGGAGAAAACGCGCUCCAGGCAUGUCAUGAAAAUGAUGUGCACAGUCUGCAGCAUUUUUUAUGCAGCAAAACUCCAGGCGAACACGUCAUGUCUGUUACAGGCCAACAGAAACCUCUCAUAAAGCACCAGCAGUGUUUUAUACUUCCAUUUUUAGAGUUUUGUUUCAGGGUUUCACCAUUUAAAAGUUGUGUCAUAGCUCAAUGCCUCGAUCCACCAUCUGUCAAUUUGCUCCACACCAUGAACACUCCGUGUUGGUUUUUCAAAAAUGGUUUACUUUCGGGAAGACCCACCUGAGGGAAGGGCUUUCCACAAAUGUCUUUAACUCAUCAUCCUAGAACCAAAGUGCACCUUCGACUGAGAAAAUGUGAAACCUGUUGCCAACCAAGUGUCACUGUGAGGACCUGCCUCCUUCCCGGGCAGCGUGUGGUCUGAGAUGAAAUUUGCAAGUUGAGGAGCACCUGUUGUUCAGCCAGGGGCUGGGUUACAAGAAUGGACGUCCGCCCUGCCGGCCUGCGCUUAGCCGUACCUCAUUAGCAAGCAGCCCUUUGCGAGUGCGUGCACCUAAAACACCCGAGGGGUUACUGUUAGGCUCACGAGUCUCAUAAUGAAACCGCGAU